ACAGAGCGCGGCGCAGGGAUUGGGCCGUGUCGGGGGAGGUGUGUGGUGAUUGGGCGGCGCCCAGGAGGCGCCCGGGUGAGGCAAGGGUGCGCAAGCUAGAGUUCCGGCUGGAGGCCCGUGCUCCGGGCUGGCGCCUUCACCAUGGCCUCGGCAGAGCUGGACUACACCAUCGAGAUCCCAGAUCAACCCUGCUGGAGCCAGAGAAGUCAUCACGGGCACCCAGGAAACAGUGCUAAAGGGUCUGGACCACCAUGAUAGGCCCUGUGGUGGGGGAGGCUUCCUGGAGAAGAGCUGCCCAAGCUGGACCUGAAGCUUCAGGAGGGCUCACGGACCCCCGAUGAGCAGCAGAAAGUGCAGAAGUCAAGUCCACGGCCAUACCACCUUGAACAUGCUGAUCCAGAAGCUAAGCAUUGUCAGAGAACAUCCCCAGCCCAGGUGGGAAGGAGGCAGAAACUCGGCAGCCUGUGGUGAUUCUCUUGGGCUGGGGUGGCUGCAAGGACAAGAACCUUGCCAAGUACAGCGCCAUCUACCACAAAAGGUGGGCAGCCCACCCUUGAUGUGCCUCACAGUUGUGGAGUCGGCCCAGGCUCCCAUCCCUGUUAACUGGCCAGUGCCUCUGCGGGCAGCAGGAGCUGGGACUGGGUGUCUGGGCAUAGCUUGUACUCCCAGGACCUCCUCCUUUCCCACCAGGGCUGCAUUGUAAUCCGAUACACAGCCCCGUGGCACAUGGUCUUCUUCUCCGAGUCGCUGGGCAUCCCUUCACUUCGUGUUUUGGCCCAGAAGCUGCUCGAGCUGCUCUUUGACUAUGAGAUUGAGAAGGAGCCCCUGCUCUUCCAUGUCUUCAGCAACGGUGGCGUCAUGCUGUACCGCUACGUGCUGGAGCUCCUGCAGACCCGUCGCUUCUGUCACCUGCGUGUGGUGGGCACCAUCUUUGACAGCGCUCCUGGUGACAGCAACCUGGUAGGGGCUCUGCGGGCCCUGGCAGCCAUCCUGGAGCGCCGGGCUGCCGUGCUGCGCCUGUUGCUGCUGGUGGCCUUUGCCCUGGUGGUUGUCCUGUUCCGCGUCCUGCUUGCUCCCAUCACAGCCCUCUUCCACACCCACUUCUAUGACAGGCUACAGGACGCGGGCUCUCGCUGGCCUGAACUUUACCUCUACUCAAGGGCUGACGAAGUAGUCCCGGCCAGAGACGUAGAACGCAUGGUGGAGGCACGCCUGGCACGUCGGGUCCUGGCACGUUCUGUGGACUUUGUGUCAUCUGCACACGUCAGCCACCUCCGUGACUACCCUACUUACUACACAAGCCUCUGUGUCGACUUCAUGCGCAACUGUGUCCACUGCUGAGGUCACUGCUCCACCUCACCUCUGCUCCAGAAAUAAAUGCCUGACGCCUCCCCACAACCUGCAUCUGUAGGGCACUCUUCUGGUUCAACUCUUUGUAGCCCUUUGGGACUCUGCAGUCCCCUAAGUAGAAAAUUCCUAUGGGCCUGUCUCUUUGGGGCCUCCGUCUGCUGGUGGUCUGCAUACCACAGAAUCCUAAAGGGCAGGAGUGCCUGGGCAUGUGUCUGUGGGAGCCUUGUAGUCAUUUGUCUUUGGACAAGCGCAACAGUCAGGCUGCUGAUUCCUGUGGCAUGCAGGCUGUAAAGGUUGACAAACGGAGGGAGGUGUUGAGGGUGAGCCCUAGUUGAUUUUUUUAAAUUUAAACUGUGGUAAGAACAUUUAACAUGA